AUGAUAGGGCAAAUUGUUGAAACCUUUGUCUUCUAUUUUUGCAUAUGUCUUCUGAUUAAAUGUUUUAUAUUUAACGUUACUCUCUUCUAUACUAUCUACAAGCAGCCAAAGAAAAGCGCCCUUCCAACAGUUUACAUUUAUAAUAUGACAGUAAUGACAAUGAUUGUCACUUAUCAGAGAAUUAUCGGCUAUGAACAUACGCUAUUUACAACGUUUUCCUAUUUUCACCCACAUUUGACCGCUUUCACGAUGACCUUGAAUCGCAUUUUUGCAUUAGUCACUAUUCGGGCUACAGUAUGGUUUUCAAAUUCAAGAAUUUGGAUUUACACGGGAAUUCACAUGACGAUCAAUUUCGUUCUGCUUUUUAUUCCAUAUUUGUCGAAAUGUAGAGUGAUGUUCGAUGCGAUAAAAAUGGCCUACAUACCGGAUUGUGCUCCGGAACGACAUCCAAUCACAAAGUUCUGCAAUACGUAUGCUGCAGUCCUUCCGUUGACCACACUUUCGCUGAAUAUCAUCAUAUUUAUAUAUUUUAAACUUCAAAGAAGCGAAUUUUACCAGCGAGUAGUAUCAUGGGGAAAAGGUAGUCGCACCUUGUACAUUCCGGAUAGUAUUCUCAAAUCGAAGAAGAGAACUGAAGCGAUGCUCAUCAUUCAGUCGUUUGUCACCGCAUUCUGCAUGUCGAUUUAUGAUUUCACAAGUAUUUGGAUUAGAUUGAAUGUGGAAUAUUAUGAAUCUUUGGAAGCCAGAUUGAAAUUGAUUAUUUAUUAUUUGCGCUAUGCGAUUAUUCCCCUUCACGUCUUCGUGGUAUAUUUUGUGUUCUCUCCGACCACAAGAAGCCUUGUUCUGGAGCAGUUCCGCGCAAAAAAGAAUCCGCGUAGCAUCUCAUUGAAUAUUGUUAGCAGUUAA